GAAAGAAAAUGGCGAAGGAAAAAAACCCGAAAAUAAAGCGGUUCUGGGAGGGAGAUCAAAGGACAUCUGCAGAUGUGGCAGCAGCCGAGAUGGGAGAGAGAAACCUGGAGACGCUGACAAGGAAUUCAGUGAAUCCGAGCCGUCAGAGAGCCAGGCUGAAGAGGAGGGCAUUGUCGAGGGAUCCGAGGAAUAGAGUCCUUUCAGGGAAAGAAGAUCCCUUCCCGGGACCUGCGCCCAUCCCAGAGGAGGCAGUCAGAAAGUUCCAGCGUGGGGAACACAUUAAACUGGGUGAAAUCGCUAGUCAGAAGGUGAAGAAUCGACUGCGGAGCCUGGACAAGGUUCAUAAAUUAGCCCAGAAACAGGCUGCACGCUUUGACCUACUGCUCCCUGAAGAAGCAGGGUUCUUAGAAGCUGAUGAGGGCGAGGACACGUGUCUAAUCCAACAACAGGACAUUGCGGACGCUGUCGACAUCACCAGCAGCUCCAAGUACUUCAACCUGGAGCUCAAUCAGUUUGGUCCGUAUAGAAUAAACUACACCAGAAAUGGCAGGCACUUGCUGUUGGCUGGUCGGAGGGGACAUGUUGCAGCCCUGGAUUGGCACACCAAACAGCUCCUGUGUGAGACCAAUGUCAUGGAACACAUCAACGAUAUUCGGUGGUUGCACACAGAGACCAUGUUUGCUGUAGCUCAAAAGCGGUGGCUCUACAUAUACGACAACCAGGGGAUUGAGCUGCACUGUGUGAGGAGGUUCAAUGAUGUUCUACGGAUGGAAUUUCUGCCCUAUCACUUCCUCCUGGCUACCUGCAGUGCCCGAGGAUUCCUACAAUACCUUGACGUCUCAGUGGGGAAGGAGGUGACAGCCACGUGCACUAAAGCUGGACGUCUGGAUGUGAUGACCCAGAACCCUUACAACGCCGUCAUUCACCUGGGACACUCACAGGGUACAGUGACCCUGUGGAGUCCGAAUGUCAAAGAGCCACUGGUGAAGAUGCUCUGUCAUCGUGGCGGAGUUCGAGCCAUCGCUGUGGACAAGACUGGAAUGUACAUGGCCACUUCAGGAUUGGACCGCAGGUUAAACGUGUACGACAUUCGAUCCUAUCGUCCGUUGCACUCCUACUUUCUCUCCAGUGGCGCAGGACACCUGGUCUUCAGCCAGAGAAACCUCCUCGGAGUAGGCUGUGGGAACACCGUCAACGUUUACAAAGACAUUCACCACGCGACUGUCAGGAGGCCGUACCUGAGUCACUCUGUCGGUCAGGGAGUGCAUGCCUUACAGUUCUGCCCCUACGAAGACGUGUUGGGUGUGGGACAUGGACACGGCUUCACCAGUAUGCUGGUACCAGGUGCUGGUGAAGCAAACUUUGAUGGUUUGGAAUGUAACCCUUACCAGAGCAAGAAGCAAAGGCAGGAAUGGGAGGUCAAAGCUCUCCUGGAGAAGAUUCAGCCUGAACUGAUAACCUUGGACCCAGCCAAACUGGGACAGGUCGACUUCAUCACCAUGGAUCAGAAACACAAAGAGCGAGUUCAGCGUCUGGGCUUCGACCCUCUGGAGAAGAAGGCCUUUGAACCAAAGCACAAGAUGAAGGGGAGGAGUUCGGCCAAGAACAUGGAGAAGCGGAAGAGGAAGGUGGCGUUUGAAGAGCAGAGGGAAUUAAUCCGGCAGAGCGUCGAGGAGAAACUGAAAGCUCAGGAGGAACGGACUGCGAGAGAGGCGUCUGCCCCACGUGUGACCACAACCUUGGACCGCUUCCAAAAAUAAACUGGUUGGAAAGCUUUGGAGUGUGGGAAGAGUCCACGUUCCCCGGAUCCCCGCUGGGGGGUGUGUGUGUGUCUCUGUGUGUGUGUCUCUGUGUGUGUGUCUCUGUGUGUGUGUCUCUGUGUGUGUGUCUCUGUGUGUGUGUCUUUGUGUGUGUGUGUGUGUCUUUGUGUGUGUGUGUG